AUGUAUCUCUCUACUAUCCUCCCUCUUCUCUCAGUUACUACCAUCGCUCUGUCAACCCCAACAAUCCACAACAACCACCAGGGUGCAAGAGACAUCUCUUACAGUGCCUCUCCCUCCUCAAGCAGCGGCCCAUUGAGACCGAUGAGCACGCCAUCACCCACACACAGAAAUCUAGGCCAUGCGAUAGUGCACAACAACUGCAAGUUCCCAGUCUACCUCUGGUCCGUGGCAUCCACGAUUCUACCCGAGCAAACUAUACUCCCGAACGGCGAGUACAGUGAGGUCUUCCGCGAGAACACAAACACCGGCGGCAUCGCAAUCAAGAUCAGCACCGACCGUGAUGGGCUGUACACUAGUGCCCCGCAGAUGAUCUUUGCGUACAACCUUUCCUCCACGAAGGAACGGGGCGCGAGACAGGACAAAGUGUGGUAUGAUCUCUCCGAUGUCUUUGGGGAUCCGUUUGAGGGUUACCCGGUGAGUCUUACGCCCUCUGAGCCGUUGAUUGCUUGGAAGGAUGGGGUUCCGCCUGCCGGAAGUCAGGUCAGGACCGUUGAUGCUUCGACGAAUUUGGUCUUGUCCCUUUGUUGA